GUGGCGCAUGCAGGGCAGGCUUGAAAUGCGCUUGAUCUAGCCAGGCGGAUGAAAGUAGAGGCGCACUGUGUGGAGAGAGGAAAAAGUUCUCAACAAGGAGAGGCAGGACUACGCUUUCGGAGUCCCUGCAGUCUCGCUUUUUAUGCCUCGAAACGACUUUCCCUGCCAUAUUUUUGCGUUUUUGCUCUGCAACGCCGCUUUCCCGUUUCCGAGAGAGAAAUCCUACUUUUUUACUUAAGUGAAAGCACCAGCACCAUGGAGCUGCUCUGCCUCGAAAUGGACACCAUCAUUCGUGCUCGUCCGGAUCCGAACCUCCUGCGCGAUGACAGAGUCCUGCAGAGCUUGUUGACUAUAGAGGAGAGGUUUCUACCCCAAUAUUCCUAUUUCAAAGGCGUCCAGAAAGAUAUUCAGCCGUUUAUGAGGAGAAUGGUCGCUACAUGGAUGUUGGAGGUUUGCGAGGAGCAAAAGUGCGAAGAAGAAGUUUUUCCCUUGGCCAUGAACUACUUAGACAGAUUUUUAGCAGUGGUACCCACCAAAAAGUGUAACCUGCAGCUGCUGGGAGCAGUGUGCAUGUUUCUUGCAUCCAAAUUGAAAGAGACUCGUCCAUUAACCGCAGAGAAGCUUUGCAUCUAUACAGAUAACUCCAUCAGACCGCAAGAGCUGCUGGAAUGGGAACUGGUGGUGUUGGGGAAGUUGAAGUGGAACCUGGCCGCAGUAACGCCAAACGACUUCAUCGAGCACAUCGUGAGGAGGCUGCCUCUGCCAGAGGAUAAGCUGGCACUUAUACGGAAGCACGUCCAGACCUUCAUCGCCCUCUGCGCCACAGAUUUCCGAUUCGCCAUGUACCCUCCCUCCAUGAUUGCUACAGGAAGUGUGGGGGCAGCGAUCUGCGGCCUUCAGCUGGAUUCAGCCGACCAGUCGCAGUGGGGUGACAGUCUGACAGACCUGCUGGCCAAAAUCACAAACACAGAAGUGGAUGUUCUCAAAGAAUGCCAGGAGCAGAUCGAGCGCGUGUUGGUGAGCAGCCUACGCGAAGGGCGGCAGCAGCAGCAGCAACAGCAGCAGACUCAGAGAGGCCCCAGCGGGAAGGGUCUGGACGAGCUGGAUCAGUCCUCCACCCCGACAGACGUCCGCGAUGUCAACUUGUGAACCACCAGAGGGCGCCAUUGCACAGGAUUUACAAGCAACAACAAAAAAAGAAAAAAAUGAAAAAAGCGUCAUGAAAAAACCUCAAUUUUCUUAAAAGCAGAAAAAAAGAACAAAAGAACAAAAAAUGUUAAAAACAGAAGCCCUUUAAAAGAAAAAGAACAAUGCUUGCUAGUUGUUUUUUUUUUUUUUUUGUAGAUUUUUUGUUCUUCAAGUCAACAACACCUGCACACGAAAAUAGAUUUUCUAUUAUGUUCUAGUCUAAAAGCAACAAAUUUGAUACAAGUUGAAGCUCUGUGGUGCCUUGGAUAUACAGAAGGGAAGCCAAUCAUAUUUGCAUUCUGCCUUUGACUGUAUAGUAUGAUCUUUAAGUUAUAUUUUAACCAUAGCUUGAUGAUGAGGCUGUUGUUGUGAUAGACGUCGUGGGAACCAUUCAGAAAUUGCGUACAUGGGAUCACAAGCGGGGCUUAAGUUUCUGUUUUUUUCUCUUUUGUUUUCUAUGAGUAUUAUCACUAUUACAUUCGUGGCCGGUGUAAGAGAGGACACAUUGUUCGAGCUCCUCGACUGUCGGAAAAGGUCCGCACGCGUGUUGGGGAUGAGUCGGAGGAAGCUGUGAGAACAUUAUGCUAAAAAAAAAAAAAAGGUUGAUGGGUCCCACUUCUGGUGAAGAGCUGGGAGGAUAAUAAUUAUUGUAGUAAUAGUAAUUAUUAUUAUUAUUAUUAAUAUUAUCAUUGGACAUGUUUUGGAACCGAGUAGUAGAAAUCAAUAAGCUCCUUAUGUCAGGCUGCUUGUAUGUGUCCCGUUUGUGGAUUCGAGUGCGCAUGUGUGUGUUUGCGAGCAUGGCUGCGUACGCCUGUGUGUGCGUGUGUGUGUGCGCGCGUGCGUGUGUGUGUAGGAGUCGUGGAUGUUGUACAGUCUGUGUGGCGCGAAUGUUUUUAUGUGAUCUAUAUUAGCAGCGUGCAUUCUACGGCGUGAGGCACUUGAGCAAAGCGGUAGACUCCCGGCUCCGUGCUAAAAGACAGCGGGGCGAGCCGAGGCUACGCAGACUUUGUCCAUCCGUAUAACAGGGCAUCUAUGCUAAAUCACUGCCUUCAUGCAUUAACAGUGUAUCAUGGUUCGUCGAGGGCCAACAAUAAAAACUCAUGUGCCAUGAGUGAGAUAGAAAAAGAUUUAGAGACAGGAGGAUAUGGGCAAAGGGACUUUCACGUAGAGCCCCCUAUCUUUCUUGAAGCUUUUUAUUCCUUGUGGUCAUGCGAGGUGUUCGUUUAUUACUGCCAUUGUGAUAUUGAAAUACUUCACUCUUCUUUGUGUCACGAUACAGUGUCUCCUCCUUAGUUGUGAAAGGCUGCUAGACAGAGGAGUGUUGACUUAUCACGUGCGCUGCGUGUAUGUAGCACACGUGAGAAAAGAGAGGAGAGUGGAAGAAGAAGAAGGAGAAGGAGAAGAAGAAGAAGUAGUGCUUUUUUUUUUUUUGAACUCUUCUGUGUUGAUUAGCUGGGAGCGAACAGGACGGAGUGGCGAGAGGUUUAGAAAGAGAGGGACGGUUUUGCAACUGAGACGCCGCCGUGGAGCCGUGGAAGGCGCAUUGAUUCACGGAUUCGUCCGUGGUAGGACAGAGAGGAUUUUGGCGGCGCAGGAGCGCGCCGCUGUGUAGGAGAUGAGGAUGGUGUACAGCCAAGAAGAUAAUGAACAAAAGGACACCCAAAAGACUCACAGUAAAAAAACCCACCCACAUACUCGGGUGUAAACGUCAGCGUCCGUUAAUGUCUUUGAAUGGAUGUCAGUGACACGGUAAAGUGAACAAAAUUUGUUCUGGGUUUCCAUUUGCGCGGAAACGAUGCGAGGAACUAAGACUGCCAGAUCAUGUGAGGAUGAACUUUUUUUUUCGGAGGAGAGGUAGAGGAUGAUAAAAUACUGUCAAUGCAUCUGGAGUCCCAUGUAGGGUUGUGUUCAGCUCCCCUAUAUGAUUUCAAUGGCAAAGCACUUUGAGAACAUGCUCCCCAGGAGACAAGUAAAAUGAAAAUGCGUUGGGCGGGGUGAUUGGAGGUGAAUGGAUGUUUUUUUUUUUUUUUUUUUUUCCAUUAGCCUUUCUCUUUGGUUUACUUUGUAGGGCUGGUUUCCCAAUCAUCAGACUUACCAUUGUUAAGAGACAAAUUAAUGAGGCUUUCCGCAACUCACGCUGAGAGGACAUUCCAAUUUAAAAUAAGUAAAUAAAAUAAAAAUACAUUCCUGCUCAAACAAAGUGCAAGUUUAUGUGGAGUCUGAUUGUUAAUAAUUUCAGAUAAGUUAAACCAGUUAAAAAAAAAAAAAAAAAAAAAAAAAGUCAACAUGAAUUGGAAACCUAUACACGGAGAGGUCUGAUUUUGAUACACGGGGUCUAUUUGAUUCUAUUUGAUUUUUACAUUGUCAAGAAAUGAAAUAUUUGUUUUUACUUGAAUUUUUUUUUUCUUUUUAUUUAUCUGCACCAUAGCCACAGAGAGCCACACAGGGCGGCGAUUAGCUACAGAAAAAAAAAAAAAAAAAAAAAAAAAAUGGGUGGUCACAACAUCCGGGUAUUUGCACAUGUUCUUCAAACGGCAUUGAGGUUUGCAAUGUUAAGACAGAGCAGAGUCUUUGUUCGGAAACCACCUUAACUGAUGUGUGUGUGUGUGUGUCGCAGUGGUUGGUCGGUUUUUUAUUACGGUGCUGGCUUGCGUAGGUCCGAUUCAGGCCGAAUUUUGUCUGUCGGUGAACACGUCUGUCCCCUGUGAGCUUUGCUGCUUCAAAUCAUUGGCAAGGGGAUUCGUCGGCCAGGCAGACAUCAUCACGAAACAGAUGAUUUUUUUCUUUAUUUUUGUUUUAAUGGAACACAUUGCUUUGCCACAGCAAGGUGUCUUUGACUUAAUGUUUGAUUUUUUGUUCAUGGUUAUGUGUCUUUGCUGAGUGUAUGUUGUCAUAUGUCAGUCUGAAGAGAAAAUGUGUUUUUUUUUUUUGUUUUUUUUUCCCCCAGUAAAACUGAACAAUUUAAUGACAUAUUUGCCAAACCACCCCCAUCCAAUUAUCUGGUAUGACCCCUUCAUUUUGCCUCUGUUUGCCUGAUGUAAGCUCUCUCCCAAACUUAAAUGGUUGUGAUUUUUCUUUCCUGCAAAUUAUUGUUGCAUGUGUUUUAUAUUAAGACCACCUUGUCAAUUUGUGUUUCAUGCGUGUUAUGGGGGCGACCAGACCCGCGAAAUAGUUUUUUUUUUUCUUCUAAGAUUUAGAGACUGUAUUCCAAAGUGAAGAGAGGACAGAGGAGGAGGUGUGAAGACAUCAACAAAAAAAAAGUUUCAAUGUUUUAUUGUUGUCUUUUUGCGCUGCUAAAAGCUAUGAAUUUGUUUCAUUUAUACAAAAAAAUAACAUUACUUAGAUGUGACGUGUCACUCAAGUGUGCUGCUAUUUUAUAAACAUUUGUAUUAUAAUAUAAUUAUUUUACUGCUUAAGAGAAAAAAAACGAAGUAGAUGGUAAUAGAAGAACAUGAAACGAGUAUCGGACUGGAAAUGUUCUUUGUACAGUACGACAGUUUGCUUAGAUAGCAUGUCUCCUUCCCCCCCCCCCCCUUUUUUUUGUAUCUAUUUUGAUCUUUUUCUUCAGUCACAUUCUGCAUCAGUGGUAUUUCCUAUACCUCAGGAUUACUGGACAAAACAAAACACAAACGCUUCACCUAUACCUCUGCAGUUAGGGAGCCUGGAACGGAAGGAGAAAGAAAAAACCCACUGUCUUGGUGGACUUGCUCAGUGAGAUGGGGGGAAACGGGAAAAUAUGCAAGGCUUCCACUUGGACUUAACCUAUAUUGGAGGGAGACGAGGGGAGGGGAGGGGAGGGGCGGGAGGGGCACAGUGACCCUGCUACAUUUUCCUUGAGGUGUUUGUAGAGCAGAUAGUUCAAGCAUGUUCAGUUCUGUCCAGCUGCAUCUGACUUUGUUGUGUGCGAGAGAUGGGGGAAAAACAACAUUCCUAUGAUGGCCAAAGUACCGUUCUUGCUUUAUACAACCACAAUCACUAUGAAUGUCAAUAAAUAUGGAUUCUGUAUGUGAGAAAGUUAUGUUUUGGUCAGAAAUAUUGUGUGUGUGCACCAUUGGAACUUGCCACGAAUUAAUGGGUUGAGCUACACCUGCCGCGUCCAGUCGUAAAUAUUCUGAUAUCUGGAAGUUUCAAUGGUGCAGAUUUCCCUUUUGAGUUGCCUCCUCCCCCCUCCCUCCCCCCCAUGCUCCUUCCACUAUAACUCAUAUCGUGUACCUCAAAUGUCUGUUGCACAACCUCUGUUCAAUAAACUUCUGCUUUAAAGGGUGUGACACCACAUCAGCUCACUA